AUGACCAUGGAUGACCUGUCGGCUUACGUCGACCGGCUGCGCGGCGGGGAGGCUCCGCGGUUCCCGCCCGACGCCGACACGGCUGCCUUUGCGCGGCGUCUGGACGACCAGGACAAGCUGCGUCACCUGCGUGACGAGUUCCUGCUGCCGACCAAGGCUUCGCUCAAGAAGCGCGCGCUCGACGGCUCACUGCCUGGUAUGUCCCAGCAGAGUGUCGCGCCCAAUGGCCAGCCGCAUGAGCACCAAGACGAGCAGGCCAUCUACUUUGUCGGCAACUCGCUCGGCGCGCAGCCUCGGGCCGUCCGCCGAAACAUUGACGCGCAGCUCGAGACGUGGGCGUCGAUUGGCGUCAACGGCCACUUCACCGACAUGGCAAACUCGCCCCUGACGCAGUGGCAGGACCUGGCCGAGGCGUGCGCGCGCACUUCGGCUGCCAUCGUCGGCUGCUCCCCGCACGAGGUCGUCAUCAUGAACACGCUCACCGUCAACCUGCACCUCAUGAUGGCCAGCUUCUACCGCCCCUCGGGCCGCCGCCACAAGGUCAUCCUCGAGUGGAAGCCCUUCCCCAGCGACCACUACGCCAUCGAGAGCCAGGUGCGCUGGCACGGCCUCGACCCGGCCUCGAGCAUGGUCAAGCUCGAGCCCGACGCCGGCACCGCCCUCAUCCCCACCGAGCAGGUCCUGCGCGCCAUCGACGAGCACGCCGACGAGACGGCCCUGCUGCUGCUGCCGGGCAUCCAGUACUAUUCGGGCCAGCUCUUCGACAUGGCCACCAUCACCGCCUACGCAAAGGCCCGCGGCAUCGUCGUCGGCUGGGAUCUCGCUCACGCCGCCGGCAACGUCGAGCUGCGCCUGCACGACUGGGACGUCGACUUUGCCUGCUGGUGCACCUACAAGUACCUCAACGCCGGGCCCGGCGCCAUUGCCGGGGCCUUUGUCCACGAGCGCCACGGCGGCGUCGAGUGGGCCGCCGACGCUUCCUCGCCCGAGUCGCCCGUCUACCGCCCGCGCCUCAUGGGCUGGUACGGCGGCGACAAGAGCGUCCGCUUCAACAUGGACAACCUCUUCGUCCCCACCCCCGGCGCCGGCGGCUUCCAGUUAUCCAACCCCUCGGUCAUCGACCUCGCCAGCCUCGCCGCCGCCCUCUCCGUCUUUACCAAGACGUCGAUGCGCGACCUACGCUCAAAGGCCCUCGUCCUGACCGCCUACGCCGAGCACCUCCUCCAUCAGAUGCUCGCCCAGGCCCCCAGCAAGGAGCCGCCCCUGUUCCGCCUCCUGACCCCGUCAGAGCCUUCCCAGCGCGGCACACAGCUGAGCCUUCUCCUGCGCGAGGGCCUGCUCGAGGCUGUUGCCCGGGUUCUUGAGGAAAACGGCGUCGCCUGUGACAAGCGUAAACCCGACGUCAUUCGCAUCGCCCCUGUGCCCCUCUACUGCUCCUUUGAGGAUGUCUGGAAGUUUAUGCAGAUUCUCAGGGGCGCCCUGGAGCUCUAG